GGUGUGUAGCUACCUUAAAGGGGCGGUGUGCCAACAGUAGACAACCACUCUAUAGACAUGACUCGUCCGUCACAGCGCGAGGACAUCCCUUAAGGAAGCAUCGAACUCGGCAUGAUAAAUACCGACAUCACCUCGCCAUUUUCAUCAGAUAACUUUUGUGAAAUGUUUUUAGUGAGUAAAACGGCCCACUCGUAACCAAAGAAAGCUCCUCCACCCACUUCACUGAUCGAUAUGCGUUUCAACGAGAAGGAGCUGGUCUGUUUGAGCCGCCAACCGUCAGAGAUGGCAGCUGAACUGGGAAUGCGAGGUCCCAAGAAAGGAGACGUUGUCAAGAGGAGGCUGGUGAAACUCGUAGUUAACUUUCUGUUUUACUUCCGGACUGAUGAAGAGGAGCCAGUUGGGGCUUUGCUGUUGGAACAGUGUCGUGUAGAGAGAGAGGACACUCAGAUCUUCUCUGUUGCAUUUCUAGAUGAUGCGGAGAGGAAAUAUUUGUUCGAGUGCGACUCUGAAGAGCAAUGUAAGGAGUGGAUAGACUCCAUUAUCAAAGCAAGCUACGAGUUCAUGAGGAGGAACCUUAUAUUCUAUAGAACUGAAAUCCACAGACUGACCGGAAAGGAUCCUUUGGAGCAAUAUGGAAUAUCUGAGGAAACUCGCUUCCAGGUUAACAGUGGCUCACAGCUCAUGGCCAGAGAUACAUCCUCACUGUAAACCAGGAUGCUCAGAUGAUUUUUUUUUUCAGUCACCCAUUCCAAACUUCAAUUCACCUAAAAACAACAACAACGUUUCUAUCAAUCGACUGUAUCCACUUACACUGGUUUGUAUAACUUGGCUUUAAACAUACAAGUUAUUACAGGGCCUCCUUAAAGCAACAUAAGUUAUAACUUGUAUAACUGUUGCUCUGCCGCCAUUCAUUCUAGAUAAUGUUGGUCUAUGUUACUGUUAGUUCAGGAUAUUUUAUGCAUUAGUUACUGCUGGAUUUUCAGAUCUCCUCUUUUGUUUUAAUCUGUUUGUACUUUUUUUUUAAUGAAAUAUUGUACAUGCAGAAAAUGUGAUAUUACUUUCAAGAUGGGAAUCCUGCAUUCAUUUCGUGAGCAUUUUUGUGUUUUAUUACAGUUUAUUUCAGCACAUCUGAUGUAAUGUAAAUCCAAGCAAAUUUGGAAGAAGCCUAACAAACUCUGUUCUUAAUCAUCAAUAUCUUGCUCUAUAAACUGUACUUCUAUUACUGUUUGUAGGCCCUUAAUCUGCUGGGCCAAACCAUCUUCUCUUAUUUUGAAGAGUGUUUUUUUUUUUUUUUUUUAUUAGCUGUUCUAAGUGCAUGCACUAUGCAUGCAACAUUUAAAUUUUUUAAAACUUUUUUGUUUUCCCUGCACACAUCACUGGAAAUGUAUUGUAUUAGUUUGUUUUUUUUUUUAUUAGAAUUUCAGUGAUUUACUUGAAUCUAAUCUAAGUUUUUCUGUCACUGUGAAUCAGAUUAUUUUAGCUAAGUUAUUGGACCAUUUAAAAAAGACAUGAUUCCUGACAUGGACACUUAAAUAUUAUAACACCACUUUUAAAGUUGCAGUGAAUCAUCAUUGGAAGUAUUUUUUUUAUCUUCAGUUAUGAGUUUCCACUGGGUUUUUUUUGUAUCAUACAAGUGAAUGGAUUAUCUAUGCUGUUUGUCAGGAGUCACAGCACUUGUCACUGAAUGUAUGUUCUUUUUAAACUUUUGCACAUUUAAUUUCUUUUAGAACUGCUUUACAGUAACUUGUUUCGCUGGUAUUUUUCUUUUUAGACCAAUAAAGUAAUUAAUAACAGGUUCAUGCAGCCAUUUUGAAAGAGAAAAUGUUUCACGGUUGCAGCUUUAUAGUCGUGUUCAUGCAGCCUUCUUCAGACAUCACAAUAGAUGAAAAUAGACCAACCUAAGUCACCGUAGUAACUGCUUUGGUUAAUUACUAGGGAAUUGUAAAAUUAAAUAAAUUUAUAACAAAAAAAAUAUUAAAAAUGACAACCAGUUGUUGACCUGAAAAAAAAGAAUGUAUUCAGCAAAAUAAAUAAGCUGAUAUGUGUGUUUUUAUAUUAAUCUAAGUUUUGGGCAGCACAGCCUUCUUCUGACGUCACAAACAACCAAACUGUGUGAUCUAUCACCUUGGUUUUAUUACACAGAAACCCAUAAAAUGCUCUGAUAAGACUGCCUUAUGA